AACCACAUUGAAUGGCUAUUCAUUUUCAGAAGUAUAAAUAUCGCUAAAUUUGUGGAUUUGGAAUCAGAAUUCAAUCGACUUCCAAUCGAUAAACACAUAGCCAUUUAAACGCUACCAAAUCCCAGAACAAAAAACUUUAGAACCAAUUCAAAAUGAAGUUCACAAUUGUUGCAAUCGUUUUGGCAUUUGCUUUGUUCGCAAAUGCACACGUUGUCGUUGAUGUUGCCCACACCCAUUCAGGAGUUGGCUCACAUGGCCCAGCAUUGGUGAACACACACGGAGGAUACGGCGGCUAUGGUGGUGAUGCUUACCACGGCUAUAGCGUUGGAUACCCACACGGUGCCCCACACAUCACUCUUCACACAACUGGAAAUCAUGGUUAUGGUGGCGGAUACGGUGGCUAUGACGGUGGAUAUGACGGCGCUGCUGGAGCCGGUGCUGCCGGUGCUGGCGCUGGACAUGGACAUGGACAUGACGGAAAAUACGUCGCAUCAAACCGGGGAGCAGUGCAUGUGGCUCCAUUAGUCGGACACAUUCAAAGUGUGAAAUCAACAAACGAACAACCAGCACCAGGCACAACAUAUUAAACCUCCUUCUCAUCAGGUCUCCACUGACGGAUUUAUAAAGUACAGCACCAUCAGCACCACCGCCUUCGACAACUAUUUAACAACACCUUUAACUAGUAAAAAUUAAGCUUCCAACUUAGCCGACACCAUACAAAUUACACCUAAAGCAUACGCCAUUUCUGUGACUUUACUCUUCUUGUCUUCAUUUUCCCGACCUAUUCACGAAAAAUAGCAGCAACCUCUUGCUUUUCUUCCAUCACGGCAUUUCUAUUGGGCAAUUGUAUCUUACACCGACAAAACUGCUGCCAAUCCACACCAAAGCUAUAAAAUACUCAUAUUUUGUAAAUAUUAUACACAAAAUAUUUUUAACCAAAUAAAUUGAAUUAUUGAGAAAAAAACACAA